GUUUCAAGCCAUGAACUGGAUUCAACGCAAGAUCUACAUGUACAAUGUUACUUUUGGAAUGUACAUGUUGGAUAGGUGGGAGCGUUACUUAUUUAAUUUAUUGGUGAUCAUCCUGCUAUGGUUUGUUUUCUACAAUGGAUCACGAUCCGCAGCUGAGUUCUACAGAAGGUAA